CCAAGAGAAAUGAAUUGUUUUUUGUCUACAUUAAGCCUUUUGGACGGUGGCUGGCCUUUGUCUCUUUUUUUCCAGUUUUACAAGUUCAGUCAUUGACUCUUAUUCUACCCCGGCAUAGUAUUUAUUUAGCUUAGAGAAUUGAAUGCGUGUUCCUGAAUUUUUCAAUACCCCUCUAACUUGUGAAAUAUCCAUGAAUGGAACUUGUAAGAACACAGACCACUUGAGAGAAGAGAGAGUGGAAGAUGUAGCCGGCGGAUUAUUAAAGGGCCAUUUGGACCUUGUGGAGUCCACAGAUUCGACCACAGAGAAGAGUUUUUCUGAUAAUCGCUCAGUUUCUUCUUCAGGCUCGAGUAAUGUCCAGGAUACAAUAACAACCAACUUGGGGGAGUCAUCCGACAGCUUUGAAAGGCACAAAUCUCUUGUAAAUGUUGCUCAAGUUUUGUUGGAGUCUAUUGGUGAAGACGUUAACCGAGAAGGUUUGAGAAAGACACCCGAGCGAUUUGCAAAAGCAAUAGAGUUUUUGACGAGCGGUUAUCAACAGAGCGUUGAAGAAGCAGUGAACGGUGCGUUGUUUGAAGAAGAUGUUGACGCACAGGAACCAGUCACAGUAAGAGAUAUUGAUGUUUUUUCUCUCUGUGAACAUCAUAUGCUUCCAUUUUUUGGCAAAUGCACCGUUUCGUAUGUUCCAAAUAAGAAGGUCAUUGGCCUUAGUAAAUUAGGAAGAAUUGUGGACAUUUUAAGCAGACGUUUGCAAGUUCAAGAAAGAUUGACCAAGCAAAUUGCGGAAACAAUUGAGAAAAUUACGGAAGCACACGGAGUUGCAGUGGAAAUGGAAGCAAGACACUUAUGUAUGGCGUGUCGAGGUGUACAAAAGAACAAUGCAGUAACAAUAACUCGUUCAAUGAGAGGCGUGUUUAAGAAUAAUGCUAUUUUGAGACAAGAAUUUUUGAAAAAGUAAAUGGUUUGGAUUACUUGUAUGAGAUAGCUAGCACAGUUUAUAAUGAACUCCGAAAAGUUGCUUCAUUCAUUUGGAUAAGUGUCCAAUGCAUUCUUCGACAACCAAAAACAACCAUAUCGAGCAGAAGAUGGGAGAAACAAAAAUGAU